AUGCGUGUAAUAACAACCUUAGCUCUAGCACUUGCUAAACUCGCCAGUCUAGCUACUUGCAACUCCAAAUUUAUUCAACCUCCAGAGUCAACCGGCAAUGACAUAUCGCAAAACAAACGUUACAAGGUCGGAGAUAUGGUCCAGAUCGAAUAUGAAACAGAUAUAGAUCAACCUGCUAUCGAAUUAAAUCAAAUUCCUCUGAAUGGGGUCAGCGCCCUCGAGUCGCUACCUAGAAAUGGCUCGUCAAAUCCAAGUUACUGGAUUGCAGAGUACGAUUCUCUUGGAUUAGCAGAAGAUAAUAAAGAUUCUGUAUACUGGUUUACUCUCUACAAGUCCAGUAAAGGCCGAAUUGCUCGAUCAGAAUAUUUUAACGUCAGCUCACCGAACGCUGAGACUACAUCUGCUGGCGUCUUAGCAACAUUGACCUCAGCACAACAAGAAUCGACAUCGACUACGGGCCCAACAUCAGAGAUGAAAGCUGAAUCCACCACAAUCAGCUUGCCUUCAGAUGAAAGCACAAGCACAAGCCCGAGCGACAAGACAAACUCGGGCUCGGGGUUAUCUACCGGAGCGACGGCAGGUAUAACUGCUGGUGCGAUAAUUGGCGGUCUAUCAAUUCUGGGCGGUAUUGGAUACUUCGUUUGGAGGAGAUCAGGAAAAGGCAAAAACAAUACUGGAACAGAGGGGGCUCAAGAUCAACAGCAUCAGUUUUAUGCCUUGGAAACCAAAGUUGAGCUACCUAGCGACAUAACCACUCAUCCUUCAGAGUAUGCAUCAAGCCGCCCAGGACUCCAUGAAGCACCUUAA